AUGCACCCAGAGGAGGCUAUUGUAGUAGUCGAUAUCAGCGGUUGGCACAAUCGGUCGGUAGAGCGUCUCACCCACGAACACGGUCCUCCCAUUAACGAGAGCGUCUUUCUCGAUGUCGCGGUCCGUCUGACGAAUGCAUCAGCUGCCGCCAACCCCGUAGACGAGCACAUUUCCAGGAUGCGCUUGAUAGAUAACUUCGCGCGAGGAUCGGUAGCCCUCGCUAUCAUGGAUCGAGUAUAUGGCUCUGCCCCCCUAGGUUGCCUUAAUCACGGAGAAGAAGGGCCGGUGGCCCCGAUAGCUCAGGGCACGGUUGUCACGAUACACGGUCGCGAUGUCAUUCUCUUCACGGAGCAACGCGAAGCCAUAGCAUUGGGGGUCGGUGGCAUCCCCAUUACUGCUAUCCAGGCAGCUUUCGGUACGGGCAAGACAGUCGUUGGUGCAAUUAUUGCUGCUCGAUGGGCAGUGUCGCCGGUUAGAGCGAGCAGCAAUAAUUGCACCAACGACUGUCUUGCCCGUACCGAAAGCUGCCUGGAUAGCAGUAAUGGGGAUGCCACCGACCCCCAAUGCUAUGGCUUCGCGUUGCUCCGUGAAGAGAAUGACAUCGCGACCGUGUAUCGUGACAACCGUGCCCUGAGCUAUCGGGGCCACCGGCCCUUCUUCUCCGUGAUUAAGGCAACCUAG